CCACCUCCGAGUUCGAGAUGAAGUUAAUGCCUCCGGAGUUCUUUCAAAUCGACGCGCUUGAUCUUGCGCCACGUUUGCUUGGGAAGUUCCUAAGGAGAGACAAUGUUGUGCUUCGAAUUACAGAGGUAGAAGCUUAUAGACCAAAUGAUUCAGCUUGCCAUGGACGAUUUGGUGUUACCCCACGGACCGCACCAGUUUUUGGACCAGGAGGACAUGCUUAUGUUUAUCUAUGUUAUGGUCUCCAUAUGAUGCUCAAUAUUGUAGCUGAUAAGGAAGGAGUUGGAGCCGCUGUUUUGAUACGGUCUUGUUCUCCUGUUUCCGGAAUGGAAACUAUACAGGAGCGCCGUGGCCUGAAAACCGACAAACCUGUUCUUCUAAAUGGACCAGGAAAGGUGGGUCAAGCGCUUGGACUCUCAACUGAAUGGUCUCACCAUCCACUUUAUUCUCCUGGAGGACUAGAGCUUCUUGAUGGAGGAGAAGAUGUGGAGAAAGUAAUGGUUGGCCCUCGCGUUGGAAUAGAUUACGCAUUGCCUGAACAUGUCAAUGCCUUGUGGAGAUUUGCUAUUGCAGACACUCCAUGGAUAAGUGCUCCUAAGAACACUCUUAAACCUCUCUAACUUCAACUCAAAGCUUAUUUUUUCCUCUUCUUUGUAAAUAGACACCUGCAUGCAAUAUUGACUCUUUGUGUGUAUAAACUAUUUUGUCAAAG